AUGCGGACCUUGAAACCCGCCGAAGAAUUCAUGCACCUCAAUUUCCCUUUGGUUUCAUUACCUAGUUUCCACAUUGUCUGUUUGGCUAUCAUUUUCGCAUUUCGCGAAGGUGAUGUUUUCAAGUCACCUGCCGCUUUGAAAGAACAGGCCAAAUCCGCAAGAAAUGACACAUCAAAUGACACUUCGUACAAGGAAGAAAAAAAGAAGAUCAACAAGAAGACACAUGAUACAACCAAGUCGCCUGAGAAGAGCCAUGAUGGGGUUACAGCAGCAACAAAGCCCAAGACUCCACCUUCGAUUGGAGAGCUUACGAAAUUUGUCCUUGCGCUACUCAUGAGUCCACGUGGGCUACAAUGUACUUGGUCGCCUCCUCCUCACAUCGUUCCGUUAGGGAAAGCUACUUCUAAGUCUGCUUUUGUAGGGGAAACAAUCAUGACAGGGAUUAUAAUGCAUUUACUCUUUUUAACUACAUGUGCCUUUGCUGUACCAUCUUGUCAAAACCCAAGAGGUGCUUAUGGAUUCUUGACGGAAGAGGUCGGCUUACCACCGUCUCAACUAUUGGAAACUGUUUCGCCAUAUAUACUUACCUUGGUCUUUGGGGGGACUGCUUAUUCAGGUUUCUCUCUACUAGCUGCUUUAUUCAACUUAGUAGAAGUAACAGUGUAUUGGCUUGCUAGAAUUAUACUACCGAGCGAUUUUAAGCCUGAAGAGUUUGAUCCAGUAUGGUACCCACCUUUAUUUUCAGCACCCUGGUCGCGACAUAAUCUAACAGAUUUCUGGGCAAAGGAUGCUGAUUAUAUUAUCCCACUGUUAGGCUGGCACGCUACAUUCCGGUACGAUUUCAUUUAUUGUGGGGCUAUGCCAUUUCUCAAGAUAUUUGGAGGAUAUGGACCCGUGACGACAAAGAUAGCCGGGUUGGCCGGUGCGAUGUUGUGUAGCGCAGCCAUGCAUGAGAUUGCAUUGGUUUCAAUUACAAAGAUUGACUGGACAUUUGUAACAACAAAAAUGUUUCUUGGUCAAGGUCUUGGGAUUGUUAUGGAGACAAUCUAUAGGAAGUUGACUGGUAAAAAGGUCAGGAUGGAUUGGAUUCAUCUGAAUCACCUCAAGGAAGCUGAACUUCGUCAACUUUAUACAUCAUCAAAUCCAGGUUGGGGGUCCUAUUGGGUUUUUAUGGACUCUAGCGCAUUUGGUGUUAUGGGGUAA